AUGGCAGCUUUGAAAGGUUACGGCUUGAUCUCCAUCGACUCUGCCCUCCAUUUCCCUCGUCCACAUCGAUUCGAUAGCCAUAAUAGAAGGAACACUAAAUGGGUUUCUCCAAUAGCAGCUGUUGUUCCAAACUUCCAUCUCCCAAUGCGUAGUCUCGAGGAUAAAAACAGGACAAACACAGACGACAUAAGGUCUCUUAGAGUGAUCACAGCCAUCAAAACACCGUAUCUCCCAGACGGAAGAUUCGACCUCGAAGCAUACGAUGACUUAGUCAACACGCAGAUAGAAACCGGAGCUGAAGGAGUCAUCGUCGGUGGAACAACCGGUGAAGGCCAGUUGAUGAGCUGGGACGAGCACAUCAUGCUUAUAGGCCAUACGGUUAACUGCUUUGGAGGAAGAAUCAAAGUCAUUGGUAACACAGGAAGCAACUCCACUAGAGAAGCUAUACACGCCACUGAGCAAGGGUUCGCUGUAGGAAUGCACGGAGCUCUCCACAUAAACCCUUACUAUGGGAAAACGUCUAUUGAAGGCAUGACCGCGCAUUUCGAAACCGUUCUUCAUAUGGGACCGACGAUUAUAUACAAUGUCCCGGGGAGAACGAGUCAAGACAUACCUCCUGAGGUUAUCUUUAAGCUCUCUAGGAACCCUAAUAUGGCUGGUGUUAAGGAAUGUGUGGGGAAUAAGAGAGUGGAAGAGUAUACUGAGAAUGGGAUUGUUGUGUGGAGUGGGAACGAUGAUCAGUGCCAUGAUUCGAGGUGGGAUCACGGUGCGACCGGGGUUAUAUCGGUUACUAGCAAUUUAGUUCCCGGUUUGAUGAGGAAGCUGAUGUUUGAAGGUAGAGACUUGGAGUUGAACGCAAAGCUUCUGCCUUUGAUGGAUUGGCUGUUCCAAGAACCGAAUCCGAUUGGGGUUAACACUGCUUUGGCUCAGUUGGGAGUUGCGAGGCCGGUGUUUCGGCUGCCUUAUGUGCCGUUGCCUGUGUCGAAAAGGAUUGAGUUUGUUAAACUGGUGAAGGAGAUCGGAAGGGAGCAUUUUGUUGGGGAGAGAGAUGUUCAGGUGCUUGAUGAUGACGACUUCAUUUUGAUUGGUCGAUAUUAG